CUCUCUCAAACUCGUCAGACAUCUCUGUUAAACAACUUCAGAGUCUCAAAUAGAAAGAACAGAGACAGCACUCCUACUCCCACAGACACAAAUAUGGCGUCCUCCAGCUGUCUCCUGUCUGAAGAGCAGUUCCUGUGCUCUAUCUGUCUGGAUGUGUUCACUGAGCCAGUCUCUACUCCAUGUGGACACAACUUCUGCCAGGCCUGUAUCAGACAGUACUGGGAUAGCAAUGACCUGUGCCAGUGUCCAAUGUGCAAAGAGAAAUUCUACAGGAUCCCCAAGCUUCGCAUCAACACUUUCAUUGCUGAGAUGGCUGCUCAGUUCAGGAAUUCAGUUCAACCUAAAGCUACCAGAAGCCCAGACCAACACCAAGCCAAAGCCCAAGAAGUCCCUUGUGACAUCUGCAUUGGGACAAAGCUCAAGGCCCUGAAGUCCUGCCUGGUGUGUCAGACCUCUUACUGUGAGACUCACCUGGAGCCUCAUCAGAGAGUUGCAGCCUUAAAGAGACACAAGCUGAUCGACCCUGUGGAGAACCUGGAAGACAGGAUGUGCAAGAAGCACGACAGACCUCUAGAGCUGUUCUGUAGGAGGGACCAGAUGUUUCUUUGUGUCUUGUGCUUGAAAACAGACCACAUGACUCAUGACACUGUCCCUCUAGAGGAAGAGUAUGGAGAGAGGAAGGCUCAGUUGGGGAAGGCUGAGGCAGAAGUGCAGCAGAUGAUCCAGGAGAGACUGCAGAAGGUUCAAGAGAUCAAACACUCAGUUGAUCACAGCAAGAGAGAUACACAGAGGGAGAUAUCAGACAGUGUACAGGUCUUCACUGAUCUGGUGCGCUCCAUUGAGAGAAGCCAGGCUGAGCUCAUUGAGGUGAUUGAGGAGAAACAGAAAGCAACAGAGACGCAGGCUGAAGGACUUAUUAAAGAGCUGGAGCAAGAAAUCACUGAGCUACAGAGGAGAAGCACUGAGGUGGAGCAGCUCUCACACACUGAGGACCACCUCCACCUCCUCCAGAGCUUCCCAUCCCUCUGCACCCCCCUACCCAUCAAUGACUGGUCUGAGAUCAGUGUUAAUAGUCAUCUGUGUGUGGGGACUGUGAUGAGAGCUGUAUCUCAGCUGGAGGAGACACUGAAUAAAGAGAUGGAGAAGCUGCCUGAAGUCAAACUGAAGCGGAUUCAGCUCUAUGCAGUGGAUGUAACUCUGGACCCUGAUACAGCACAUCACAAACUCAUCAUGUCUGAGGAUGGAAAACAACUGAGGCAUGGAGACACAAUAAAUCAUCUUCCUGACAACAUAAAGAGGUUUGAUAUAUCUCCUUGUGUCCUUGGAAAGGAGGGCUUCUCUUUAGGUAUAUUUUACUUUGAGGUGAUGGUUAAGGGAAAGACUAAGUGGACUUUAGGAGUGGCCAGAGAGUCUGUCAACAGGAAGAGGGCGAUAACGCUGACCCCUGAGAAUGGAUAUUGGACUGUGUGGCUGAGGAAUGGAGAGUACAAGGCUCUUUCUAGCCCCAGUGUACCCCUCUCCCUGAGAGAGAAGCCCCAGAAGGUGGGGGUGUUUGUUGAUUAUGAGGAGGGUCAGGUCUCCUUUUAUGAUGUGGAGGCCAGGUCUCAUAUCUACUCUUUCACUGGCUGCACCUUCACUGAGAAACUCUAUCCACUCUUGAACCCCUGUUUGAAUGAUGGUGGUAAAAACUCUGCCCCUCUGAUCAUCUCUCCUGUCAAUCACACAGAAUGAUUAACAAGUCUAUGAGAUGUAUUGUUGGAAAGGGAUCUAUUUUUUGUAACGAAUCAUACAAAUCAGUAGCCUAUAUUAAGUCAAGUCACAUUAAAAAGUUAAUUAUUUAACUUUUCAUUUAUAUUCUUGCAAUCUUACAAUCAAAUAACACGCUUUGUCCCUCUAUUACACUGUCAGUGAUCUGUAACAGUGUUUAGCAAGAAUUGAUGUC